AUGGUGAACAAAGACAUGAUCAACCCCCGGCUGUCGCCUUUUGGUGACCAGGGCUUCAGAGGGCUCCGUCCCAUCAUGAAAACUGAGCCGUCUGAAGAGGCCGACCGCACCAGUGCCAUUGGCCUGCUUGGUGGCCAAGCCGACGCCAACGAUGACACAGAGGCCACGGAUGGCAGCGCCGAGGCGGAGGCGGAUAUCCCUGCUGACAUCAUUGGUCUUACCACCGGCAUGGACACUGACGACGAACCUAACACGGACGACGACAUGGAGGCCACGGCUGGCAGCGCCAAGGCAGAUGCGGAUACCCCCGCCGUCGCCGUUGAUCUUACUACCAUCAUGGACACUGACGCCAACCCUACCGCCGCCGCCAGCACCCCGACCCCUGGCAUCUGGGCUACGCUCUCCAUGAGCAUCAACGGAGUCACGUACUCGGCCACCCAGCAGCCCAUCCCCAUCACCGCAGGCAUGAGGGCCCUCGGCUACCUGAAGCAGGUCGGCGGCCUGCCCCCCAUGGUCUGGUGCUUCAUGCACACGGAGUGUUCCCACGAGAUGCAGACCAUCAAGAGGGAGUACCCGGGCCUCUACGACGGGGCGGCCCGGCGCGAGCUAGCGUGGACCGGCAGCCGCCGCGGGGAGUUCAACGUUAAGAAGCCCGUCCACAGUCUCGUGGGCAUGCUGCUGUACGUCUCGGGCGAGCAGAGCGGCGACCACUGCGUGCGCGUCCUCAAGAAGGACGGCGAGGGCGGUGCGGAGAAUCAGAAUCCCGACCCCGUGCAGCCUGAGGAGGAGGAUGUCGAGAUGGAGGAGCCCAAGGGAAAGGCCAAGGACGUCGCCGAGGACGGAGCCAAGCACGAGUGCAAGAUUAUGUGGAAGGGCUGCAUCAUCGGCAGCACCCCCGAGAUCCUCGAGGAAACCAAGGGUGCUUGUGCCAACUGCUACUACAACGGCGAUCAGACCCGUUGUUCCUUCCUCAAGGCUUACCAGAAGAAUUAUGGGAAGGGCAAGGGCAAGGGAAAGGGAAAGGGCAAGGGAAAGGGAAAGGGCAAGGGAAAGGGAAAGGGCAAGGGCAAGAAGACCACGGCCGUUAAGGAAGCCAACACAGAGCAAUCCGAGUAG